AUGUGCCCACUGCCCAGGCCAAAGAUCCCAGGAGCACCCGCGCAGUCAUUGGGCAUGGACACCACUGGGAUAUUUGUCGAGGGGAGCGCGUGUCAGAGCUUCUUAGCUGCACGGAAAGAAUGCGUGAUAACUGAUAAUGGCGCCAUCAACUGCACCGGUGGACGCGUGUGUGGUUCAGCCGCUCUCUCCGGCCACGCAACGAUCGGUCGAGUCGUGACCUCCAUAGAUCCGCCGCACGGCCACUGCCAGUACCACAGUGUGCAUUUAGCAAUUACAGUUUGGCUGACCGUGCUCCACCUCCACAUUCCCGACCUCCCGCUGCCGCAGCUGCGCGAGUUCAGCGUCUCCUUCAACCGCCUAAACGGAUCCAUCCCCACCUCGCUCCGCUCCAGGCCGCGCGCGGCGUUCCUCAGGAUGCCGGCCCUCUACGACGGGCCCCUCGGCCCUUGCCCUGGCGAGGCCCCUCCUCCUUCUCCGGCUCCCACGGGGACGACGCCCUCGCCGACAACACCGGCGACGAACGUCCCCAACGGCGGAAACGACGAACAAACUGACAAGAAGGGGAACAAGCUCUCCGGCGGCGCCAUUGCCGGGAUCGCCAUAGCCUCCGUCGUGGGCGCUGCGCUUCUCCUGUUCCUCCUCAUCUGCCUCUGCCGCAGGACGGGGCGCACCAAAACACGGGCUCUGGAGAUGCCGCCUCCGUCUCCGUCCCCCGCCGUCAUCCCUGGCGGCCGAAAACCUCCCGAGUUUCCCAGCGGCUCGGCCGUGGCUCCUAUGGCCACUGUCGGCCACCCCGCGGGUCAAUCGACUUCAGGGAAGAAGCUGGUCUUCUUCGGGUCAGCGGCUGCCGUCCAACCCUUCGACCUCGAGGACCUGCUGCGCGUGUCGGCCGAGGUCCUUGGCAAAGGUGCCAUCGGGACGACCUACAAGGCUGUGCUUGAAUCCAGCGCUACCGUGGCGGUGAAGGGGCUCAAGGAUGUCACCAUGACCGAACUGGAGUUCUGUGACCGCAUCGCUGACAUUGGCGAGCUCGAGCAUGAGUUCAUCGUGCCUCUCCGUGCUUACUAUUACAGCAAAGAUGAGAAGCUGCUUGUGUACGACUUCAUGCCCAUGGGGAGCCUUUCUGCAGUCUUGCAUGUAUCGCAGCAGCACCGCGAGGGCGGGUCCCGCCCACGUGCGCUCCCCCUUCCCCACGCCAUGUGGCCCCGCGUCCGGCGUGGUGGACGGACGGACAAAGCGGUGGACAAGUCCUCGUUGGCCGCCUCAUCUUUUGUGCCGGUGCGGCGGUGGGGCAGGCCGCCUCACUUCACUUCACUUCACUGGUGGUGA